GGAGGAGGCAGGCGUGGGGCUGUGGAGAGACUGGCAGGGGAGAGCACAACCCCUUGUGCUCUGGCCUGGACCCGGGGGCCACGUCUGGAAGGCUGGACUGAGGCCAGGACUGUGCCCCCACCCUUGGGGGUGGUGAGGAGCAGCCUUGGUUCAGGCUGCCUGCCAGGACUGAUAAGGGGCCCUCCUAGGGCUCCCACAAACGGUUUAUCGGUUUAUCGCUGGGGGACAGCCUGCAGGCUUCAGGAGGGGACACAAGCAUGGAGCGGCUUUGGGGUCUAUUCCAGAGAGCGCAACAACUGUCCCCAAGAUCCUCUCAGACCGUCUACCAGCGUGUGGAAGGCCCCCGGAAAGGGCACCUGGAGGAGGAAGAGGAAGACGGGGAGGAGGGGGCGGAGACAUUGGCCCACUUCUGCCCCAUGGAGCUGAGGGGCCCUGAGCCCCUGGGCUCUAGACCCAGGCAGCCAAAUCUCAUUCCCUGGGCGGCAGCAGGACGGAGGGCUGCCCCCUACCUGGUCCUGACGGCCCUGCUGAUCUUCACUGGGGCCUUCCUACUGGGCUACGUCGCCUUCCGAGGGUCCUGCCAGGCGUGCGGAGACUCUGUGUUGGUGGUCAGUGAGGAUGUCAACUAUGAGCCUGACCUGGAUUUCCACCAGGGCAGACUCUACUGGAGCGACCUCCAGGCCAUGUUCCUGCAGUUCCUGGGGGAGGGGUGCCUGGAGGACACCAUCAGGCAAACCAGCCUUCGGGAACGGGUGGCAGGCUCGGCCGGGAUGGCCGCUCUGACUCAGGACAUUCGCGCGGCGCUCUCCCGCCAGAAGCUGGACCACGUGUGGACCGACACGCACUACGUGGGGCUGCAAUUCCCGGACCCGGCUCACCCCAACACCCUGCACUGGGUCGAUGAGGCCGGGAAGGUCGGAGAGCAGCUGCCGCUGGAGGACCCUGACGUCUACUGCCCCUACAGCGCCAUCGGCAACGUCACGGGAGAGCUGGUGUACGCCCACUACGGGCGGCCCAAAGACCUGCAGGACCUGCGGGCCAGGGGCGUGGACCCAGUGGGCCGCCUGCUGCUGGUGCGCGUGGGGGUGAUCAGCUUCGCCCAGAAGCACUUUAGGAGGCCAAGACAGGAGGAUCGCUUGAGGCCAGGAAUUCAAGGCAACACGGUGACCAAUGCUCAGGACUUCGGGGCUCAAGGAGUGCUCAUAUACCCAGAGCCAGCGGACUUCUCCCAGGACCCACCCAAGCCAAGCCUGUCCAGCCAGCAGGCAGUGUAUGGACAUGUGCACCUGGGAACUGGAGACCCCUACACACCUGGCUUCCCUUCCUUCAAUCAAACCCAGUUCCCUCCAGUUGCAUCAUCAGGCCUUCCCAGCAUCCCAGUCCAGCCCAUCAGUGCAGACAUUGCCUCCCGCCUGCUGAGGAAGCUCAAAGGCCCUGUGGCCCCCCAAGAAUGGCAGGGGAGCCUCCUAGGCUCCCCUUAUCACCUGGGCCCUGGGCCACGACUGCGGCUAGUGGUCAACAAUCACAGGACCUCCACCCCCAUCAACAACAUCUUCGGCUGCAUCGAAGGCCGCACAGAGCCAGAUCACUACGUUGUCAUCGGGGCCCAGAGGGAUGCAUGGGGCCCAGGAGCAGCUAAAUCCGCUGUGGGGACGGCUAUACUCCUGGAGCUGGUGCGGACCUUUUCCUCCAUGGUGAGCAACGGCUUCCGGCCCCGCAGAAGUCUCCUCUUCAUCAGCUGGGACGGUGGUGACUUUGGAAGCGUGGGCUCCACGGAGUGGCUAGAGGGCUACCUCAGCGUGCUGCACCUCAAAGCUGUAGUGUACGUGAGCCUGGACAACGCAGUGCUGGGGGAUGACAAGUUUCAUGCCAAGACCAGCCCCCUUCUGACAAGUCUCAUUGAGAGUGUCCUGAAGCAGGUGGAUUCUCCCAACCACAGUGGGCAGACUCUCUAUGAACAGGUGGUGUUCACCAAUCCCAGCUGGGAUGCUGAGGUGAUCCGGCCCCUACCCAUGGACAGCAGUGCCUAUUCCUUCACGGCCUUUGUGGGAGUCCCUGCCGUCGAGUUCUCCUUUAUGGAGGACGACCAGGCCUACCCGUUCCUGCACACAAAGGAGGACACUUAUGAGAACCUGCAUAAGGUGCUGCAAGGCCGCCUGCCCGCCGUGGCCCAGGCCGUGGCCCAGCUCGCAGGGCAGCUCCUCAUCCGGCUCAGCCACGAUCGCCUGCUGCCCCUCGACUUCGGCCGCUACGGGGACGUCGUCCUCAGGCACAUCGGGAACCUCAACGAGUUCUCUGGGGACCUCAAGGCCCGCGGGCUGACCCUGCAGUGGGUGUACUCGGCGCGGGGGGACUACAUCCGGGCGGCGGAAAAGCUGCGGCAGGAGAUCUACAGCUCGGAGGAGAGAGACGAGCGACUGACACGCAUGUACAACGUGCGCAUAAUGCGGGUGGAGUUCUACUUCCUUUCCCAGUACGUGUCGCCAGCCGACUCCCCGUUCCGCCACAUCUUCAUGGGCCGUGGAGACCACACGCUGGGCGCCCUGCUGGACCACCUGCGGCUGCUGCGCUCCAACAGCUCUGGGACCCCCGGGGCCACCUCCUCCACUGGCUUCCAGGAGAGCCGCUUCCGGCGUCAGCUAGCCCUGCUCACCUGGACGCUGCAAGGGGCAGCCAAUGCGCUUAGCGGGGAUGUCUGGAACAUUGAUAACAACUUCUGAGGCCCUGGGGAUCCUCACAUCCCCGUCCCCCAGUCAAGAGCUCCUCUGCUCCUCGCUUGAAUGAUUCAGGGUCAGGGAGGUGGCUCAGAGUCCACCUCUCAUUGCUGAUCAAUUUCUCAUUACCCCUACACAUCUCUCCACAGAGCCCAGACCCCAGCACAGAUAUCCACACACCCCAGCCCUGCAGUGUAGCUGACCCUAAUGUGACGGUCAUACUGUCGGUUAAUCAGAGAGUAGCAUCCCUUCAAUCACAGCCCCUUCCCCUUUCUGGGGUCCUCCAUACCUAGAGACCACUCUGGGAGGUUUGCUAGGCCCUGGGACCUGGCCAGCUCUGUUAGUGGGAGAGAUCGCUGGCACCAUAGCCUUAUGGCCAACAGGUGGUCUGUGGUGAAAGGGGCAUGGAGUUUCAAUAUCAAUAAACCACCUGAUAUCAAUAAA